AUGGCGCACAAUCUUCCAUCCACAAUUGACAUGUCCCCUGUCGCUUCCGACCAAGUCACACCGGUUGGUUUGGUUCCCUCCAUCACGUCCGAUGGGACCCUCUCCAAUGCUGAAAUCCCACCAACAGUCUCUAUUAAUCAAGAACAAGAAGCAGUAGUCAUAGCACCAGUGCCAUCUCCUCGUCGUAGCACCCGUGAUCGCCAAAACUCCAUUAAACUUGCCAAUUUUGACACGUCUCUCCCUCAGUCACUUGUCGUCACAGAGUCUACUACUCCGGUUACUUCUUCUGAGGUAUACCCUGUAGCCAAUUGA